GGCCAAUGUAACACGUCAGGCUGUGAGGAUUCAUUCAGUUCCCUACCCAAAACAACAGACGAACUCGACACGAUUAGCUAAUACAUUGUCAGAUACGGCACUCAGGAAAUUAAUUCUAGGUAACACACAGCGAUUCACCUGCAACUGGAAACCGAAAUUAACAUUUGUCGCUGUGGAAAACCAAUGCUCUUUUUUUUACUUGACAAUGAUUAGGAAACUCCCAGAACGUGGCACUGUCAUGGGUUGAGUGAUCAGGGCCCCUGGUGCUCUCUACUGGAACUUCUCCUGUGGCUGGGUCAAGAGAGAGCCAGAUGUCAUAAACCAAGACUGAAGCCACCCGCAUUUUUGGGCUGUUUGACCCCUCUACAAACAAGCAGCCAUGGGUGCAUGUACUGUGAUUUCCAAGUUCUUGAGGAGGUGCAAGUUUAUGAUACUGUUGCUGCUGUCCGUCUCAGUUUUGGCUUGGAUCGCCACUUUUGCGUCUGAAACCGUCAAAGCCAUUCAGGAGACCCCUGUCUCAGAAAAGACGGCUGAUAAAAAUGCUGAGUUCCUGAGAGGAGGUGAUCAAUACUCCUUGAGAUCAGUGAGUCAAGUCUCGUCCAAUCCUCUCUCUGACACCCCACCCCCAAAAGGAAGCUGUCCAGAGAAGUCACCACUGCUUCAGGGAGCCCUGAAUCUCACAUUCGAGGACUCUCUAACGCUGAAGGAGGUGGAGCUUGAGAACGGCCGUGUGGCUGAGGGCCAGUACAGCCCUCCGGACUGCCUGGCCCAGCAGAAGGUGGCCAUCCUCAUCCCCCACCGUAACCGGGAGAGGCACCUCCUCUACCUCCUGCAUCACCUGCACCCCUUCCUUCAGAGGCAACAGCUCCACUAUGGCAUCUAUGUCAUCCACCAGGCUGGAGAGGCAAAGUUCAACCGGGCCAAGCUUCUUAAUGUGGGGUACUUGGUGGCACUCAAGGACUUGGAUUGGGAUUGCUUUGUUUUUCAUGACGUGGAUCUGGUCCCAGAGAACGACCACAACCUGUACAGCUGUGGACAACAGCCCAGACACUUGGUAGUUGGCAGGAACGUCACUGGGUACAAGUUGCGAUACAAAGGGUACUUUGGAGGAGUGACAGCCUUGACUAAGGACCAGUUUCACCAAGUGAAUGGCUUUUCAAACAAUUACUGGGGAUGGGGUGGGGAGGAUGACGACCUUCGCAUCAGGGUGGAGCUCCAGCACAUGAAGAUUAUACGGCCACUCCCACUUGUAGCUCGCUAUACUAUGGUGUUUCAUCAAAGAGAUAGCGGCAACGAAAUUAAUAAAGACAGGAUGCGCUUGCUAGGACAGACGUCUCAAGUCUGGAGAAAGGACGGCCUUAACUCCUGUUCCUACACUACUUUGUCAGUGGAGAGGCCACAACUUUACAUUAAUGUUACAGUGGACAUUGGCAAACCGAUGCAUUGAUCUGUCAGAGCAGAUCUCCUGGAGUCCAGCGGUGAUUAGAGGAAUGGGGAUAUGGCAUGUACAACAUAUCACGUUGCUGUAGGUACCAGACCUAGCGGACAGCGGAGGCUGAUAGUUCAUGUGAUCUACCACACUGUAAACCACUUCAAGCAGGGCACGUAAUUAGCAGGUUCUAAUAAUGUAACAUUUCAUAGCCCUUGAAGUGCCCAGUCCCAACUGGUGCCCAGGCUCCAGGGGUUUCAGCACCAUGACAUCCAGGCUCUGUAGUAGAGGUUGGCCGUUAUCUGAUGCAAGUAGUCGCAUUGUAAUAGAGCAUUUGGUCAUCUUUUAUUCUAAAUAACCUUGUUUUUUUCAUUACUAUUAAUCGAUAAUGAGAACAAAUAAUUCCCUCAUACAUGAAUGUAGAAAGUAGCAUAGGAAAUGGUGUAUCAGAGGAUAACAGGACAUUUUCAUGUGUGAGUAUGCAAUGUAUGCUCUUUAUUUUUUACCAAAAUAUGUUAAACCUAUCAACAGCAAUAUCACAGUAGAUGGCUUCAUUUUAUAGACAUUGAUUACAAAUUAUAUUCUUGAUCAACAUCUUGGGUAUGCUGCUAGGAGAUUUUUGUAAUAAGUCAUUCAAAUACUCAAAUGUGUUUUUGUUGCCUUAAAUAAUCCUGUUGUUAACGGACCAGAGAUCCACAUUUUUUUUUUAUUGCUUGUCUGUACCUCUAUGGUCUUGUGUUGGCCUCCAUGAUUCACAAUUUCUUCUGAAAACAGUUGAAUAAAAAAAAUUUUUUAUUAACUGCUCAAGGCCAAGAAGGAAAGAUAUCGAUGACUAAAACAUCCAUACAUUUCUACGUAAAAUGACCUGGGCUAAAUUAAUUGAAAUCUAACUUAAUGUGAUUGGAAGCAAGUUUUCAUUUGCUGUUUAAUUCUAUGACCUGACGUAAGUUGCGGGUGCCUAAAGGUUCAUUCAACCAGUUUAAAAAAGUAUAAAAUGAACCUUUUGCAGUUAGUGUUUGACUAGAACUGUGCAUUCUUAUGUUGAACCAGUCUGUUAGAGAACCCUUUAUAUGUGACACUUUUUUUUCAUUGAAUGUAUUCUUAGUCAUUGCUAAGAAUUUGUCAUUUUUAAACAAUGUUACCAAAUCAAAUAGGACUUGUGUUUUUAGCAUUUUUAUAUAUUACAAAAUAUGGCAUGGCUGGCUCUUUGGCAUUAUAUGCUUCUGUAAGUUAUGCUCUUUUCAUAAUUUUAUAGUUUCACAUAGAACUGAAACUAAGUAAUGUUUAAAAUUGUUUUGAUUCUGUGGGCCUACUUUAUCUGAAUGAUUUAUUAAUGUUUAGAGGUACUAUGACUUGAUGAUUGAUGAAUUAAAAUACGUUUAGGAAUGCUAUGCCAUAAUGACUGAUUUUUUCAUGUAUGUUUAAAGAUGCCAUAAUGACUGAUUCAUUAAGAGUGCCAUGCGGAAUGAAACCUUUUGAAUCUUUUUCUUUCAAAAUGACAUUUUUACACUUGUAGAUUUUCAAUGGGUGAAUGAUGGUGAGGACUUACAAUAAUGAAUCAAGUAGAAUUUGUGAAUUCAAUAAAAAUAAUCUAUCAACAAAGA